UCAGGACAGCUGAUUCAUGCCUCGAUUGAUUCGUCGAUGCUCAUCGUGAUAGCACCUGAUUCGCGUGUGCCAUAAAGCCAGUUAUCCCCAGGAGGCAAGAGCGGUUGUCUUGCAGUCGGAAGGUUGCCGUUUCGAUCACCCGCUCUGGGUGUGUCAAAGCAGUGACACCUAACUCCCAAUUGCGCCAGACGAGCUGGUCAUUGAUGUCUGAAUGAGAGGCAUUCAUUGUAAAUUCAUAAUUAUAUGAGAGGCAUUCAUUAUAAAGCGCUUUGGAUAGAAGCGCUAUAUAAAUGCAGUACAUUUACCAAAAGGUUACCUUCAUAGUUACUAACGACGUAAGGCGUCAAGCAAUUGUUCCUCACCCAAUGGCAGUGCAUGGGGGUAGAGGACGAUAUGUUUACCGCUUUUGAAUGGACUUAAAUGGGAAAUGUGCUUUUUUGCAUUGGGGGCUGACAAACCCGCAAUACCGCGAGCAUCCACUGGAGUUUGCAAGCUCAGACCAUAGAGGGUUGUCAGGCUGUACCAUAGAGUUCAGUGGGCUUUACGCCACAGACAAACAUGGCCGACAUGGAAGGUAGCGAACCAACACAGAAUGACAGCGCUUCACGUACUGAAGAUGGAACGGAGUCAAAGAAUACGGCUAUUUCACUUGCUAAAAAUGAGGGAAGAGAGCUGACCAAAGAGGAAAAGCAAAAGCUGAGGAAGGAGAAGAAACAGCAGAAGAAAAAGGACAAGAACCCUGCAGAGGCAGAUACAGAGAAGAAGCCAUCGGCACAGAAAGCGGGGGCACCGUCCGAUGCGCCUGCGCCUGCGCCUGGAGACAAACCGGCGAAGACCAAGGCCGAGCUUCGCGCCGAGAGGCGGGUCCGGCAGGAGUCGGAGCGAGCCAAUCGGCAGGGGAAGAAAGGAGAGCCCGGCCAACCGGCCUCCACCGCCAAGCCCAAAGCCCCGCCCAGCGAGCUACAGCCAGUGGUGAAAAGACUUCCAGAACACAUCCAAGCUGAUGACCCUGCUGUGGUGAAGAAACUGGCCAAGAAGUUAGAAAGGCAGCAGGUGAGAUCUACACAUAUCCCGCUGAGGCCAGACUACGGCUACAAGGUCAGCCUGUUCUCCCACCUCCACCAGUACAGCCGCAAAGCACCCCUCACCCAACAAAUCAGCAUUCCCUCCACGGUGAUCCACCCCGCCAUCGUCCGCCUGGGGCUGCAGUACUCGCAGGGCAUCGUGGCGGGAUCCAACUCCCGCUCCAUCGCUCUGCUGCACGCCUUCAAACAGGUCGUUCGAGACUACAGCACCCCUCCAAAUGAGGAACUAUCCAGAGACCUUGUUAAUAAACUAAAACCUUAUAUCAGUUUUCUCAACCAAUGUCGCCCUCUGUCGGCCAGUAUGGGAAAUGCAAUUAAAUACAUGAAGAAGGAGAUCUCCAACAUCCCCAGUCACUGUAAGGAGGAAGAGGCGAAGGCCACGCUGCUGACAUGCAUUGAUAAAUACAUCACGGAGAAGAUUCAGCUGGCCGCCGAGGCCAUCUCCAAAUACGCCAUCGAGAAGAUCAGCGACGGCGACGUCAUCCUGGUGUACGGGUGCUCCUCGCUGGUGAACCACAUCCUGUCGGAGGCGUUUGAGAAGGAGAGAAAGUUCCGGGUGAUCGUGGUGGACAGCCGGCCGCGGCUGGAGGGACGGGAGGCUCUGCGGCGGCUGGUGAAGAAGGGGAUCCACUGCACCUACGUGCUCAUCUCCGCCCUGUCCUACAUCCUGCCCGAGGUGUCGAAGGUGUUCCUCGGGGCGCAUGCUCUCCUGGCCAACGGCUACGUGAUGUCACGCGUGGGCACGUCCCAGAUCGCCCUGGUGGCCAAGGCCUACAACGUCCCCGUGCUGGUGUGCUGCGAGACGUACAAGUUCUGCGAGAGGGUGCAGACCGACUCCUUUGUGUCCAACGAGCUCGAUGACCCGGAUGACCUCAUCGUGACCCGGAAGGGGAAGACCCAGCUGGAGCACUGGCAGAAAGUGAGGUCGCUGGGGCUGCUGAACCUGGUGUAUGACGUCACCCCACCGGACUUUGUCGACCUGGUGAUCACAGAUCUGGGCAUGAUCCCCUGCACCUCCGUGCCUGUGGUUCUGAGGGUCAAAAACGUGGACCAGUGAGGUCCACGCCCAGUCCCAGAAUGCAAUGCGUGUCUGUGUAUACCGUGCGUGCUCCGACAUGCAAUAAACACAUGUAAACGGAA